AUGAAGUACGUGCUCGUGUCUGGCGGCGUCAUCAGCGGCGUGGGGAAGGGUAUCAUAGCCAAACUGACUUCUCGGCACGUAUCGUCGAUCAAGGUCGACCCAUACCUCAAUGUCGAUGCGGGAACCAUGAACCCCAAGGAGCAUGGCGAAGUCUUCGUCCUCUCCGACGGCGGUGAAGUCGACCUCGAUCUCGGCAACUACGAGCGCUACCUCAACAUCACUCUGACCCGCGACAACAACAUCACCACGGGCAAAAUCUACCAGCACGUCAUCGAGCGCGAGCGCAAGGGCGACUACCUGGGUAAAACAGUGCAGGUCGUCCCCCACAUCACAGAUGCGAUCCAAGACUGGAUCGAGAGGGUCGCUCGCAUUCCGGUCGACGACUCGGGCGAGGAGCCUGACGUCUGUAUAAUUGAGUUGGGUGGUACUGUGGGCGAUAUCGAGAGCAUGCCGUUUGUCGAGGCUAUGAGCCAGCUGAGGAGGCGUGCGGGCAAGAACAACUUUAUGCAGAUUCAUGUCUCGUACGUGCCCGUCAUUCACGGAGAGCAGAAGACAAAGCCCACGCAACAGGCCAUCAAGGCGGUACGGAGCAACGGUCUGAUUCCGGAUUUGAUUGCCUGCCGUUGCGAACGCGAACUAGAGGCCUCAGCCGUGGAAAAGAUUGCCCACUUCUGCCAAGUCGAAAACGAGCAGGUCCUCGUUGUCAGGGACAUGCCAUCGAUUUACCAAGUCCCCAUGCUUCUUGAGCAGCAAAGACUAAUCCCCAUGCUUCGCCAGUUCCUUGCCCUUGAACAGGCCAACAUAUCUCCUCAGAUGUUGCAAAAAGGCAACCACACCUGGUCGCAAUGGCAGUCGCUUACCGGUACCGACACGCGCUUCUAUGACCCCGUGACGAUUGCCCUCGUUGGCAAGUAUGUCGAACUCCAAGACUCGUAUCUUUCCGUGAUUAAAGCUUUGGAGCACUCGACGAUGCGAUGCAGGAAGAAGCUAGACAUUCGCUGGGUUGACUCGGAUCAUCUGGAGGCAAAGUGCCAGCAGACGGACCCAGCAAAAUUCCACAACGCUUGGCACGAGGUUGUCAAGGCUUCGGGUAUCCUUGUUCCUGGAGGCUUUGGUCAGCGUGCUACCGAAGGCAUGAUUGCCGCAGCCACGUGGGCGCGUGAGAACAAGAAGCCGUACUUGGGUGUUUGCCUUGGUAUGCAGAUUGCCGUCAUUGAGUAUGCCCGCAAUGUCUGUGGCAUCAAGGACGCUACUUCAGAGGAGUUUCAUGGAGAGGCUCAGAACAAGCUCAUCAUGUUUAUGCCAGAGGUUGACAAGACCACCAUGGGCGCAUCUAUGCGUCUGGGUCUCCGUCCAACACUGUUCCAGCCUGGCAGCGAGUGGUCGCGUCUGCGCGCUCUUUACGCCGGCAAAGGCGAAAUUCUCGAGCGUCACCGCCACCGCUACGAAGUCAAUCCCGACUAUAUUGAGACUCUCGAAAAGGGCGGCUUGAGCUUCGUCGGCAAGGACGAAGCUGGCGUCCGUAUGGAGGUUGUGGAGAUCAAAGACCACCCCUGGUUUGUCGGUGUCCAAUUCCACCCAGAGUACCUUUCUCGCGUUUUGGAUCCAAGCAGGCCAUACCUGGGCUUUAUUGCGGCUAGCGCAGGCAUGCUGGACGAGAUUACACGCGCCUACCAGAACGGCCCAAAUGACGGGCUUGGAGCGGAUGUAAUUGCAAAUGGCGUGAAUGGGCUGAAGGUGAAUAGCGCGUAGAU